ACACGUUAGUCCUAACUCCUAACACGAAUCUUGAGUCUUCAUAAAUAGUCUUGACUCUUGAGCACUUUGAGCCGAUAAUAUACGAUGUAGGUAUUAGGUAAAUAGUUACUACCUAUUCGCUAUAUUGCUUCAAGUCAUUGUCCUUACUUUUUAGUUCUUUCAGUCAAAGUGUACUUGGGAAUUUCUUUAGUCAAUAAGAUUCCUUCUAGUGUUUUCACUCUUCAAUUUUUCAUAACUUAUAUUACAUAUUUUGCUUAGUGUUCUUUUAAUUCUUUUAGACGUAUUUCACGUUAAUUAAUUAAAAACUUUAUCACGUUAAGACGUUAACCGUUGUUAUUAUCAUUAGAUUAAGACAUUAAAUAUUAAAAUCAAUGUUAUCAUUCACAAAAAUAAUAGCAUGUGAAUAAAUUAACUUUAUUGUUUGAACUUUUGAAGUUGACAUUUAGAAUUCGSAACUACAGGAAAGACAAGAAAUUUAAAAACAGAAUUACAGUUACUACAAUAUUCAACAUGAAUCCUACUUUGUCUAUCAAGUGCAUACCGUAUAUUAAUGGAUCAAAACGUAAUUGUAUUAGGGGUGUUUAUUGUCUAACUAGGCGUUUUAAAUCAGAUGAUGAUAAUAGUUCAAAAAAGAACCAAUUAGCUGUUGACAAACUAAAUAAUCUUUUAAAAACCAUGAAAAAGGGGAAUGACACCAUAAUGCCUCCUCAACAAUCUAAACCUAUUGAAUUAGCACAACCUAGAAAGUUGGCGAGAAAAGCGGAACAAAAUAAACAAGAAAUUGAUGAUUCUAAACAGAACCAGCCAUUGGGAGAAAAAUUAUCUGAUGCAGCCACUAAAGUUGCCCAAUCAAUUGGAGGUGACACCAAAAAAACUAAAUCGGAUUUAUUGAAUUUGCUGAGAAUUUAUAACAAUGAACCUAAUGAUUCCUCUGAAAAAAAGGCAAAAUCUUCUGUUCAGUUAGAUGAUCUACUAUCAGGAAUGAAAAUUGACCGUUCCCAAUCUAAAAAGUCUGUGGAAUUUAGUGAUGUUGAUAGAGCCCAACGAGUAAAAGAGUUAUUAGGCUAUAGUUCAGGUGAUUAUCAAAGAACUAAAAAAUACAAAAAGCCAUUGGAUAAUUAUGUGCCUAUUAAUUUAUUUAGCAGUGAACCUCUUGGUAUAUUUAAAAACUUUGAAAAAAACAAAGAGAUUCUAAUAUUGCCUACUUGGGAUAAAUUGCAUGAAAAGAGUUUGCAGAUAGCAGUAACACACCCACCAAGAAAUAUUUAUGAACAAAUGAUUAUUUGGACAGAACAAGGAAAGUUGUGGAAAUUUCCUAUUGAUAACGAACAAGGUAUGGAUGAUGAGAGCAAUGUGUUUUUUGCUGAACACGUGUUUUUAGAACCACUAAUUGAAGAAUGGUGCCCUAAAAAAGGACCAAUCAGACAUUUUAUGGAAUUAGUAUGUGUUGGCUUGUCAAAAAAUCCAUUCCUGACUGUUGAAGAAAAAAAAGAUCACAUUAAUUGGUUCAGGCAGUAUUUCUAUGAGAAAAAUCAAUUAUUGAAUGAAGUUGGUGCAUUUGAAAUUAAGUCAUUACCAGAAAAUGUCAAGGAGUAUUAUAAACCUUCAAUUCCAGAUGAAUAAAAUAAAAUGAAUAAAUAAAUAUUAUUGUAGUGCAGAGCAUAAAAAUAGUGAAUAAACUA